CUGCGGAGGAACUCAGUCCACGAGAACCGGAGCAGAACGUGUUCACAUAAUCCUCAUGCGGUCGUUCUGUGGAUGCUGAGCGGCUUUGACAACACUGGCCGGGCUUGCAAGUGGAUAACGAUGUCACACAAACAAGUCCCGGGUCAGACGGAGCUCUUGCGCACAGGGACACACAUCGCCUUGUAAGCUGUGACUGUGACCACGCUAUCAAGGAAAUUCCUCAGUCCUCCAGGGUCACCUCGCUGCAGUGAGACGAAGGACGAAGCCACCAGGACGCCACAGGGAAAAACGAUGGCCACAAAAGAAAAUCAGACACAGAUUGGGCACGCGGUACUGGCUCAGCAUGUUCCACCUCCAUCCACCGGGAGCAAACCCAGCCGAGAAGCCAAACAUGCAAAUGACGGCCAGGAAACGUGGCGAUGCUCUGACCAACAGUGGAAUUCAAAACAGCGCAGCAGCCCUUCGCUGCUCUUGUAUAGGAAGUUGUCGUGUGACAGUGGGAAAGGGACCAUUUUGGAUGAAGAGUACGACUGCUUUGAUUACAGCUCAAAAGUCGAAAGCACCAAUGAGAAACUCUGUUCAGAGCUGUCGACUGGCGUGAAUGUUGAAGGAGUAACUCUGGUAUCUAGGAAAAGUUCAGAGGGUUCUGUGUGCCAGCUGGACACCUCUGGAGACAGUGUGGAUGCAGGCAGGAACAAAACUGGCAGCUCCCAAUGCUCCUGUACCACGUCUAGCCUUUACACAAAUCCAGACGUGUUUUGUUGCCACAGUCCUAGAUCCAGUCCAAGUCCCAGCUCCAGCCCAGUUCACAGUCCUCACCUCAGCUCCAGCCCUGCUUGCCCCAAGAAGAGACACAUUCGCCGUGGCAGCCUGCCUGUGUCUAUGCUGGCUUUUCACAAGACGUCGCCUUUCUUCUCAUCUCAGGGCCGUCCCACCAGUGAACCGAGCUCUUUGACGUCAUCUCCCUGUAACUCCCCCCUCACCAACCACCGGCAGCAUCGCAAAAAUGGACACGUCCACCUGCACAACUUCAAAGAUGCGUACUCAAGUUUAGAGAGGCUCAACAGGAAGCCGCGGGUUAACAGGUACUCCUUGGAGAAGCUAUUCCUUCGACGGGCGUCUCUUGAAACCAUGUCGCCGACUGACGAGGGGGCUUCCUCAGAGUGGACCAGGGACUGCAGCAGGGGCAACAGUAGCGAUGAGGAGGAUGGAGAGGUGCACUUGGACAACACAGAGUUUGUUAGAAACCGCAAAGAGCGUUCCACUGUCCUGGUCAGGCGGUUCUACAAGAACAAUCAGACGGUCAUAAAGUCAGUGUGUACUGGGACCAGAGCCAUUGUCAGGACGCUGCCGUCAGGACGUAUCUCAGAGGAUGUCUGGAUGGUUGUUGUUGAUCACAGAUUCUGGGUUCCCAGCAAGAAGGAAAUAUGGCCAAUCUUAAUGCGAGGCAUGGGUGAAGAGUUCAGAAGCUGCAGAGGGAUGCUACGCUUUGUUGGAGUUAAGCUGCAGCAGGUUAACAACUAUGACGAGGACAGAGAGGAACUCAACCUGAUUCAUCCUGCCAAGAAGCUCCUGUUGUCUCGCCCUGGAUGUCUCUGUCUCAGGGAGCCUCUCUGGCCUGUAAACGUCAUCAGCACCAACCCAGCCAGACCCGAUCUCAGCUCCUGCUUUCGUCCCUGGGGUUGUCAUCCUUCUCAUCCACGCAGGUUUCAUCGUGCUUGUGGCCAGAGGACGUCGGCUUGUUCCCUGCUGAGCGGCGCACUGCUGGAGGCCACAGCCGCUCUUGGUGCCCGGUCUUCUUUACCCUGCCCUUUGCCCCAGUGCCCCAACGGCCACGCUGUACUGAAAGAGCGUCAGCUGGCCAACAGCAUGACCAGCAGCAGCUCUCUUCCUCCCAGUGUCAGUGGGAUCAGUAAGGAGCUGGCAGAGCUUCGCCACCUUGUCCAGUUCCCCGAGGAGAUCGCCUGCAUCCUCACUGAGCAAGAGCAGCAGCUUUACCAGCAGGUCUUCCCUUUGGACUACCUCUGCUUCCUCACUCGUGACCUGGGCAGUCCCGAGUGUCAAGCUAAACGUCACCCCAACCUGAAGGCCUCGCUGUCGGCGCCCACCAUGCCUACGCAGAGUGCUCAGCGAAGCAACGCUGUGGAGGACCUGGUGGCUCGGUUCAACGAGGUGAGUUCGUGGGUGACGUGGCUGGUCCUGACAGCAGGGUCCAUGGAGGAGAAGAGGGAGGUUUUCUCCUAUCUGGUCCAUGUCGCUAAAUGCUGCUGGAACAUGGGAAACUACAACGGUGUCAUGGAGUUCCUGGCUGGACUCAGGUCCCGCAAGGUGCUGAAGAUGUGGCAGUUUAUGGACCAGUCAGACAUCGAGACCAUGAGAAGCUUAAAGGACGCCAUGGCUCAGCACGAAUCCUCCUCCGAGUAUAAGAAGGUUGUGACCAGAGCGCUCAAUAUCCCAGGCUGCAAGGUGGUGCCAUUCUGUGGGGUUUUUCUAAAGGAGCUAAGUGAUGCGUUGGAUGGCACAGCGAGCAUCAUCAGCCUCAAGCCGCCUCCAGAUAACACAGAGGACUCAAUAGAGUUUGUGUCCGACUACAGCGGUCAGCACAACUUCAUGUCGCGGUCUGGCCCAGACGGACUGCACGUCCCGGAGAAAGAAGCCACUGUCAGCAACAUCCUCCAGAUUAUCAGAUCUUGUAAUCGCAGUUUGGAGGCAGAGGAUCCUGAUGAAGCGUCCACCAGUCCUUCGUCUACUGGCCCAUCCCCCGCGUCCAGAAACAACUCCUUCAGGGACCGCUGCCGCAAUCAAUUCAUGGUUGGGGACUUGUCAGAUUCAGAGGGUGACUUGUCACUCGAGCCAAUCGUGAAGGAGGUGGAGUUUCAGGGGACCGAGGAGACACACAGAGCUUUUGGCCACGGCACAGAGCUCAUUCCUUGGUAUGUGUUGUCACUACAACCAGACGUUCACCAGUUUUUGCUGCAGGGAGCUACAGUCAUUCAUUACGACCAGGACAGCCACCUUACAGCCCGCUGUCUGCUGCGACUGCAGCCCGAUAACACUACACUCACCUGGGGUAAACCUCAAAGCGGAGGAGCGUCCCCUACAGAGCAACCACUAGGAUUAGGACAGACAGUGGUAGCAGGACUUGCAGAAGGCCUGCUGGACCUAGGAGUGGUGAAGGCGGUGUUUCUGGGUCAUCAGGGAGUCGAUGUCCAUGCUGUAUGUUUGCAAAACAAGCUGUGCCAGAUGACAGUGGAGGAGAAUGGCCUGAGCCUCCUCUAUGGUGUCAGUACCACUGACAACAGGCUCCUGCACUUUGUGGCCCCCAAUCACACAGCACAAAUGCUCCACAAGGGCCUGUCAGAGUUGGUGAACGCCACCAGGAAACUGAAGAAGUUUCCCGACCAAAGGCUGCAGUGGCUGAGGAAGCAGUAUGUCAGUUUGUAUCAGGAGGAUGGCAGGUACGAAGGCCCUACGUUAGCUCAGGCCAUUGAGCUUUUUGGUGGGCGGAGGUGGAACAUGGGUACAGGUGGUGUGGAGAAACCUGGCACCCAGAAAAACAGCCCCCUUGGCAUCAACGACAAGUCCAAGAAGAAGAAGAAGGUUCUUGUCAGGGGAGACAGCGGGGAUGCCACUGAUGACGAGAUGGUUUCCAGGAAAACUCGGAGCUGUAAGGAAGGACUGUAUCGGAACGGGCCAGAGUCUGACAGCAUCGACCAAGAAGAUCCAGAAGACAGUUUUCCUGGACCAUUCUCCCUCUCAUCCAACAAGAGCUCUGGUUUGCUGGCCUCUUCUUCUUCCUCCUCCUCUUCCUCCAGCAUGGCAGGAUCCAAUCAGUCCCGUCCACAGUCUUCUCCAAUCCUUUCAGGAACUGCCAAGUCACAGCCAGGGGCUUGGAGCAGCAGGUCGUGGCACGGCCGAGGUAAAGGCUGCUUCAAAGGCUUCCAGAAUCUCAUGAUUUCUGACAGCACAAUGAGCUUCAUUGAAUUUGUCGAGCUUUUCAAGUCAUUCAGUAUUCGUAGCAGGAAGGACCUGAAGGAGCUGUUCGACACCUUCGCUGUCCCCUGCAGUCGUUCCAGUCCAGAAUCAUCUCCUCUUUACACCAACCUCAGGAUAGACGACAAAGACACAGGGCUCCAGCCAGACCUCGACUUACUAACCCGUAACGGUUCAGAUCUCGGCCUGUUUAUCCGGACGAGGCAGCAGAUGUCCGACAACCAGAAGCAGAUCUCAGAUGCCAUCGCGGCGGCCAGCAUUGUGACCAACGGGACAGGGGUGGAGAACGCAUCGCUGGGUGUCUUGGGAUUGGCUAUUCCUCAGCUCAAUGACUUUUUAGUCAACUGUCAGAGAGAGCACCUAAGCUAUGACGAGAUUCUCAGCAUUAUACAGAAAUUUGAGCCCUCAUUAACUAUGAGACAAAUGGGUUGGAUGUCAUUUGAAGGUUUUGCAAGGUUCCUGAUGGACAAGGAGAACUUUGCUUCUCGCAAUGAGGAAUCCCAGAUGAAUCCAGAGGAGCUGCAGUACCCUCUGUCCUACUACUACAUCGAGUCUUCUCACAACACCUAUCUGACUGGACACCAGCUUAAAGGAGAGUCCUCCGUUGAGCUUUAUAGUCAGGUGUUGCUGCAGGGCUGCAGAAGUGUCGAGUUAGACUGUUGGGAUGGAGAUGACGGCAUGCCAGUUAUUUACCACGGACACACUCUCACCACUAAGAUACCCUUCAAGGAUGUGGUGGAGGCAAUUAACCGGGCUGCAUUCGUCAAUUCUGACAUGCCCGUCAUCCUGUCCAUAGAGAACCACUGCUCCCUCCCACAGCAGCGCAAGAUGGCCGAAAUAUUCAAGACGGUGUGUGGGGAACGUCUUGUGACACGAUUCCUUUUUGAGAGCGACUUCAGCGACGACCCUCACCUGCCGUCACCGCUGCAGCUGCGUGGGAGGAUCCUGCUUAAGAACAAGAAGCUCAAAGCCCAUCAGGCGCCGGUGGACAUACUCAAACAGAAGGCUCACCAGCUGGCUCACAUGCAGGCCCAGGCGAGCAACGGGUCACCGGGGGUCACUUCACCCAACAACCACGCCAACGAGGAAGAGGAAGAAGAAGAAGACGAGUAUGACUAUGACUAUGAGUCUCUAUCGGACGCUGAUGGCCUCGCAGCCUCUACUGCCUCGUAUGGCCUUGAAGAUAACAUCCUGGACGACAAGCCAGAGGGGAAGAGCUCAGCAGACAAAGAGGAGCAACCUGUUGAUGAAUUACCCAAGAGGAUGAAGAAGGCUGACAGCACUGUUCAGAGCAAAGGAAAGGUGUUUGACAUGGAGCUUGGCGAGGAGUUUUACCUUCCUCAGAACAAGAAAGAGAGCCGACAGAUUGCCCAGGAGCUGUCUGACCUUGUCAUCUACUGCCAGGCUGUGAAGUUCCCUGGCCUGUCCACGCUGUCUCCAGCCGGCUCUGGUCGAGGGAAGGAUCGAGGAAAGAGCAGGAAGUCCAUAUUUGGCACAGCUCCUUCUCGCUGCAGCUCAACAGGAGAGGUCACGACCCAGAGCCGCACUCCUGGCAGAGGUGGCUCUGAGCGGCUGAGCUGGGAGGAGCAGCAAACGUCUCCCGUCCUCAACCCCCCCACCUCACUCAGCGCCAUCAUCCGCACGCCCAAGUGCUACCACAUCUCCUCAGUCAACGAGAAUGCUGCCAAACGCCUGUGCCGCCGCUACUCUCAGAAGCUGAUCCAGCACACGGUGUGCCAGCUGCUGAGGACGUACCCGGCAGCCACCAGGAUCGACUCGACUAACCCCAACCCUCUGCUGUUCUGGCUGCAUGGGAUCCAGCUGGUGGCGCUAAAUUAUCAAACUGAUGACCUUCCCAUGCAGCUGAACACAGCCUUGUUUGAGGCCAAUGGUGGCUGCGGCUACGUCCUGAAGCCAGCAGUGCUGUGGGAUCGUAGCUGUCCGCUUUAUCAGCAGUUCUGUCCGAUGGAGAGGGACGUGGAGAAAAUGAGCCCUGCUGUCUAUUCCCUCACGAUUGUUUCUGGUCAGAAUGUUUGUCCCGCUAACAGCGCCGGCAGCCCCUGCAUCGAGGUGGAUGUUCUCGGCAUGCCCAUCGACAGCUGUCACUUCCGUACCAAACCCAUCCACCGCAACACCCUCAACCCCAUGUGGAGCGAGCACUUUCAGUUCACUGUGCACUUUGAAGAGAUGUGUUUCCUGCGAGUCGCCGUGGUGGAGAACAACAGCUCCCAGACCACAGCUCAGAGGACUCUGCCGCUGAAAGCCCUCAAAUCAGGUUACAGACACGUCCAGCUGAGGACGCAGCACAAUGAGCCACUCGAAGUGUCCAGCUUAUUUAUCUACAGCCGCAGAACAGAGGAAGGUCCCACAGGGGGCGCUACACCCUCAUCCAUGCUGUUCAUUUCGGAGGAGAAACAUGUGUCCCAGCAGCACAGGGUGACAGUACACGGAGCUCCCGGUCCUGAACCCUUCACAGUUUUCAGUGUUACGGAGCAGACCACUGCCAAACAGCUGCUGGACAUGGUUCUGGCAUCAGCAGGAAACCCGUCGGAGUACUUCUUGUGUGAAGAGAAGGUUCCUCUGUUGAAGGAGCGCAGCGAGGUGAAGCGCUGUGUUCAAUUUCGCUGUCUAGCACCUGAGGAGGAGGUCGUCAGGCUGGUCUGCAGCUGGAGCACCGAGGACGGAUACGUGGGGAGAAUCUGCCUCAAAACAAGAGAGGAGAACUUAAAUGACAAGAACGCAGUGGCGGAGGGAGAGGAGGACGUGACUGUGGGAUGCAGAGAAGGAGCAGGAGGAUGCGGGGGAGGAGGAGGAGGAGAAGACGACAUGUUCUUUGUCCAGGUCCAUGAAGUUUCGCCUGAACAGCCUCACACUGUGAUCAAGGCCCCUCGCUACAGCACUGCUCAGGACAUCAUACAGCAGGUGAGUCAAGGAAGUUACUCCUACAGUAUCCUGUCUAAUCCCAACCCAUGUGACUAUGUGUUGAUGGAGGAGGUGACCAAGGACGCCGGCUCUAAGAAGUCCUCCGCCACCAAGCCCCUUCAGCGAGUGCUGCUGGAUCACGAGUGCGUCUACCAGGCUCAGAACCGCUGGCGGGGCGCGGGAAAGUUCAUUCUUAAACUCAAAGAGCAGGUGGUGCGGGAGGACAAAAAGAAAGUCAUUUCCUUUGCCAGCGAGCUCAAGAAGCUGACCAGUCGCAGUCGCAGCAUGGCGACUGGCAGCGGAGUGGACGGUCCUGCCCAGAGGUAUCUGUCUGCAGCUGCAGGUCUGAAGGCCUGGGUGACAGACGGCAGAGUAGGGGCAGGAAGGUUCUUACUGGCCUCCACCUCGUCCUCCUCGUCACCCUCCAGGGGGCAACUCCACCUCCCCAGCUCUUCUGUGACCCCGCCAUCCUGGAAGCUUCACCUCCUCAGGAACUGGAAGAUCCACAAAUGAGAUCCAGAGAGAGAGAGACUUGCGCUGACUUACUUCUAAACUUGGAGAAUUCCCCUUUUCCAUGAAAGGCGAAGGUGCUUCAGUGAGGGUCUGACGAACUGUGGAAUUCUGGGAUGAGCUUCUCUCACGACGGAUCCUGCUUUGUGUUUGUUAAGGACAGGAUUGGAUUGAAGCCCCGUUAGUGGGUGAGGUGACAGAUGUUUCAGCCCCUUUUGCUUGGUUAGAUGAUGAACAGGAGGUUGGAAACCCUGCCUGAUGGUCAUGUGUGUUGGUAGUUCUGGCUCCUCUGGGGGUGUUUUUUUGGUAAUAGUGUGGUUCUGUAAAGGUCCAGAGUACCAGGGGCAGCUGUUUUUAUUGAAGUCAUCAGGGACAUUAAAUAGUAUUCCUCUUGUUUCUGAUGAAUAGGAGAAACUUUUCCCUGAGUCACAUGCAAAGGAUGAAGAGUUUGCUUUGAUGUGCCAGUUUUAUUUUGCAAGGAAAUUACACAAAAAAGUAGUUUUAAAGUCGAACGGCUGCUUAAAUGGCCUUUGGAUUUAUUGAUAAAAAUGAACCACAAACUACUCAGAGUGUUGAUUAUCCCCUUUACGUUUGAAGGACGAUUCAAACACGGCUACACAAGUGGCCUCGCACGUUUUGGAUGAAUAUAUGCUGCAUUUGGUUCAAAGUAAACUAAUAGACUGGCCCUUUGCUGGCAUCAUACAAACAGAGCGUCCAGUAGUUGGAGGGAGAUCUGCUUGGAUCAAACGAUAGAAGAGAUGUAGGAGGGCUGAGAGGGUGAAGCAGCAUUCUUCUCUCUCUCUCUCUUCCUGAGGUUUGAGCUCUUUAGGUGGAGGGCAUUGUGAAGGAGGCUGACAAGCUGGCUUGUUUGGUUCUUUUCUUACUGUUUCCAGUUUCACAGUACUGUAAGGGCACAUGUUUGGGGCGACGCUCACACAAAGAGGCAACGACGUGAGACACCCCAUUCACACGUUUCCACUCUUUUUUUGUUUUCCUGUAAUGGAAGCAGCGAGGCUUUAGGCAAUUUCUUUAACACUACCGUCUCUGCCCUGAAGGUGACGAUACAUACGCAGCGUUUUAAGGAAGUGCAGGUGGGCAAUAUCAGCCUCUACAGGGGCAACUGUGGAACAACUUCUUGGUAAAGUUGUCCCAUGUUGCUUAAAAAUGUUGCGAACCUGCCGUGAACUUUUGUCGCUGUGUCUCUGAGGAGGAUCUGCGUUGUUUCCCAAAGUGUCUUAGAGCCGUCAUCGUUGUCCUCAGAUAGCGAGGAGGACUGGAGCCGCAUCUGUCCGACCAAACUGACAAAUUAAUACUGAUUAUAGCAGCUAGAAACAGGACAGUGGCACUCUCUAUGAUAAAGAGAAUGGCUCUUCUAUAGGAAAUAAUAGUCCUGUACAGGAUCUGAACACAUUUGCUACCAAAACACUGAAUCUGAAUACUGGUCAAAUUAGAGUUUAAUCCAAAACCAGUGGAUCAAAUGGCAAGAUUACAAGCAGAUGUUUGAUUCCAGCUUUCAUUGCUCACACAUGUCAAAACAUCCCCUUGAAUAGAAAUUUAGAAAUCUGAGUAUUUCCUACAAUUCACUCCAUUUAAAAGCAACAAUGAUGAUUUUUUAGCUCUAAGAUCCUUUUUGGAGAAACAUCCUGAUCGUCUUCAAACAGCAUUUUUGCACAUUUUGUUUUUUCCUUUUGCUGUUUUGUCUCAGUGUGUUUUUUGUGUUACUGUCUGACUCGUGACAGAGACUUGAUUGUUUGAAGAUGGUCUGAAUUUCUUUUUUUUUUUUUUAUUAUGACCAUCAUAUUUAUUACUUUUAACUUUUAGCCCAAUUUUGUGUUGAGAAAAGCACAAGACACACACGGUUUGUAGUCCAAGUCCAAACUUGAAAUCCCCCAGAAUGAACUUCAUUUCACUUUAAUUCACUGUCCUGGAUUUUGAAAGCAUCUUGAUGGAUUAUUAGUGUUGAUUGUAGGUUUUAGACUUGAUUUUCUUUCAGGAUGAAGUGAAACGUGAUUCAUUCGGGGCCACUUUCUCCCCUUUAGUCUGUGUUGACGAGUUACGUUUCCAUAUUCUAAAAAUACUGAUAAAAACUUCUUCUAGCUAUUUUCUCCCCUUAUUAUUUUAUCUUAUUUGGCAUUUCAGUUAUUAACAUGUGUCUCUUCCCUCUCAUGUUGUCUUGCUGAACCAUGAGGAGACUUUUAAAGCUACUAAAGGAAAAAAACUCAAAUCUAAAGGAGCAUUUUUUCGUCAAAUGAUUAAAAAAAAAACCCGGACAAAAGAAAAAUUACAUUUGUGAGUAAAAGUGUUCUGAACGCAUUCCUGCAAAGUGGAUUUUAGGUUAAAAAUAAAUCAUACGGUUAUAAAGGAUGACAUUUAAACCCACAUUCCAACAUACAGACAGAAAAUGUGCGUUUAAAGAAGCUUUUUGAAACCUGCAAACACUACAUUUGUUAAAGCACAUCUAGUGGUAUCUUAAAUAUCUGACGUUCUGUACGUGUGGCUCCAGGAAAGAACUGAACCUUUGUACUUUUAUUUGUCUUUAGGUUAAACUUUGCUCUGUGCCAAGUAAUGAGUUUGAAUUUGAGUGCAAUAGUGAAGGUCUGUCACUUCAACUCUUCUUUUUUUGAUGUCUAUAGAUUACUGACUACAUCUGGGUUUUAACUCGUACUUUUUUUUAAAACAGUCGACCUUGGAUUGUUCAAAUUUGUCAAAACUGAUAUCAUUCACGCACACGGAUUAUCUUCUGUCGGUGGUGCGGCGGUAGGACGGUCCCUACGGCUGCUGGUAAUUAAGGUAGAUGAGACUGUGAUCCCAGAAACCACAACUCUGUGUCAAUGAUAAUUAAGCUGUAAUCCUUUUAUCCAGUCGGGCUUUUGUUAUUAUAAAUGAUUAUGAUUUAAACACGGAGACAUGCUAUUAUGCAAAGCAAGCGAUAAUAUUUCCUAAAACGGUCAUUAUCUACAGCCAGCAUGCCUGGAUGGAAGUGAUAGCGGCUGUAAUAAGAGUGUGACUCCACACAGGAAGGGACGUUUUUCUGCUCGGUUGUAAAUCUGUGAGCUAUCUGCUUCAUCACAUCGACUUUUUUUUUCCCCUUUCUUUCUAACCUGUAGACCUCAUUUUUCUGAAUGUAACAUUUCUUAACGUGUUGACAACCUGAGACAAAUGUGUGUUUGGAAGUUAUUUAUUUUAAUGUGAAGCCCUGGUUGGCGAUUAUCUGUUGUUUAUGUGUACGUUUCUGUAAGUAGUUUUAAGUGUUUGUUCUUUUUUUUUUAUUUAUUUCAGUAUGUGAGAGGGGGGAUUCUACUGCCCUGACGUUACUCAAACUUAUUUAGAUGAAGAAAUAUUUUACUUUAUGUGUAAAAUAUUCAGUGUAGUAUUCAUAUUUCUGGCAUGUUAUUCUGCAGCACACGGCAGCGUCUUUUAAUGCCUUUUGUUUUCCAUAAAUGUGGACAAAAUCCGACAACUUUGUUUGACAUUUUGGUGUAUUCACUAUAAUAUGACAUGUGUUUGCUGCCUGUUUCAUCCUUAUCACUCCGCAAACUGUCCAGUAUACCCUCUAACAUCCACUAUCUGUGUUUAACAUGACUGUCAAGUGAACAUUCGUCUAUUUACUUGAAUUUUUCAAUGGCUGAUAAUUGGUGGACUUGUCAUAUACCAGGAUCACAAUAAAGAUGCAAAUACUCGACAGUG